AUGCUACUACCUGCACUUCUUGCUGUCGUUGGAAUAUCCGUCGUCCUGGCAUUCGAUAAUUCAAGAUACGAUAAUACCGUUGUGUACUGGGGGCAGAACUCGUAUGGCGCGGCUCACCUCAAUGAUACGGCAAACUAUCAACAAAGGCUGUCUUUCUAUUGUAAUGAUGACGCGAUCGAUGUCUUUCCACUGGCAUUCCUCAACGUAUUCUUUGGAACAGGGGAUCUGCCCUCAAUGAACCUCGCCAACACCUGCAAUACCGUCGAUAACACCACUUUCCCUGGGACGGCUUUGCCCGACUGUUCCUUACUGGCCACAGACAUCGCCACUUGCCAAGCCAAAGGAAAGAUCGUAACACUCAGUCUGGGUGGAGCGACUGGUUCCGUAGGAUUCAGCUCUGACGCCCAGGCCGUUCAAUUCGCAAACACAGUUUGGAACUUGUUCCUUGGAGGCACUUCAGACGCUCGGCCUUUUGGUAGUGCAAUUUUAGACGGUGUCGACCUGGACAUCGAAGGCGGGACAUCUUCAAGUUAUCCAGCGUUUGUGAAUGAAUUAAGGGCAUUGGCUACCGGCGCGUCGAAGCGGUAUUAUAUUACUGCUGCGCCGCAAUGCGUUUUCCCAGAUGCUGCGUUGAGCGGUGUUCUCAAUGCUGCUAGCUUCGAUGCAAUUUAUGGUUCCAGGUACUUCUACAACAACCCUUGUGGUCUGACGAACUUUGGGAAAGCCUCGAAUUGGAACUUUGGAAUCUGGGAUCAAUGGGCCCGUAACACGAGCCUCAACCCCGAUGUCAAGGUCUAUAUUGGUGCGCCGGCUUCAUCGACUGCUGCUGGAUCAGGAUACGUCGACAUCGGAACUCUCAGCAGUAUUGCUGUGCAGAUGCGGAACAGUUUCCCGUCUUUCGGAGGCGUGAUGCUCUGGGAUGCUUCACAAGCUUAUGCGAAUGAUCGCUAUGACUUGACCAUAAAGGGAGCCCUUGCCGCGGCCGGUGGAGUGGGAUUCACUUAUCCAGCCUGUUCCGCCACGAAUUACUCCGCUGGAAGCGUCUAUAUAGCAUCCUCGACAGUAUCGUACAACGGAUAUAUAUGGGAGGCAAAGUGGUGGACUCAGUCGGUACCUGCGAGCAAUCCUAAUGGAGAUUGGAGUGCUAUUAGCGCCUGUUCUGGAUCUGGCUCAAAUGGUGGGGACCCCACAACGACUACAAUGACUACAACAUCCGCUUGGAAGCACCCCUACCUCUGGAGGAGCCUUACGUACCUUGAACCGGAAUCUAUCGUCUACUCCGCGAAGCUCACGGACACCACAAAUAGUUCCCACUUGUGGACUGCGAAGUGGUGGACGCAGGGUGAUACUCCCGAAGGGUCCGUGGGCGUUUGGGUCGAUCAAGGAGCAUGCGUGUCGUCGAGGAAGGUCACAGCAGCACCCAAGCCCACCUCGACAGGUGCUAGAGGGUCAGGUCACUUUUCGCGAGAUGAUGCCUUGUAG